UAAAAGCAACUGCUGUUACUUUUUCCCUGAGCCUCAAACCACGCUUUCUAGUUUCUCCUUCAACGCAACUCCGGUAUUGUUGUAGCUAGCUAGACGCCAUGGAUACUGAAAUUGAUCAGCUUCAUGUUCUAUUCUUCCCUCUAAUGGCACAAGGCCAUAUCUUACCAACCUUAGACAUGGUCAGGCUCUUUGCAGCCAGAGGCGUGAAGACCACCAUAGUCACCACCCCUCACAACGCCCCUCUCUUUACCAAAACCAUCAAGAGCACCCAAAACUCUCCCUCCAAAAUCACCCUCGAAUUCAUCAAUUUCCCCGCAAAAGAGGUCGGCCUCCCGGAAGGCCUUGAGAAUCUGGAUUCAGUCACCAACCAAGAGCUCCACCGCAAAUUCUUCGACGCCCUUUCUUUGCUCCAACAACCUCUCGAAGAUCUCAUACAGGAACUACGCCCGCGCGCCCUCGUCGCCGACAUGUUCUUCCCGUGGGCCACGGAUACGGCAUCCAAGUUCGGAAUCCCGAGGUUGGUCUUCCACGGAACUAGCUUCGUCUCAAUGUGCGCUAUGGAAAGCAUAAAACAACACGAACCUCACAAAUCUGUCUCCUCCGACACAGAGCCUUUUGUCCUGCCCGGCCUGCCGGACCAAAUCAAGUUGACAAGAAUGCAACUCGCGGAUCAUCUACGGCUAGGAAUGGAGAACACCUUAACAAGGUUGCUAGGUAGAGCUGGAGAAGCGGAAAAGCGAAGCUUUGGGAUGAUUGUUAAUAGCUUUUACGAGCUCGAACCGCGUUAUGUUGAACAUUACAGGAAGGUUAUAGGAAGGAAGGCCUGGCAUAUAGGCCCGCUUUCUCUUUGCAAUAAGAAUGCUGAAGAUAAAGCCCAGAGAGGAGGAAACGUUAACGCACCCUCCAUUGAUGAGCAUGAGUGCUUGAAAUGGCUUGCUUCCAAGAAACCCAAUUCCGUUGUCUACAUAUGCUUUGGAACUGUCUCAAAGUUCCCACCUUCUCAGUUGCAGGAGAUUGCAUUAGCCCUUGAGGCUUCGAUUCCAAUUAAAGCAUAUUUAUUGCCGCCAAACUAAAGCUUAAGAAUAACUAUUCAUUCUAUCCUCUUUCAU